UUUGGUGCCAAAAGAAGACAAGGUGAGGCCAGUUUCUUGCCACCCAUUGGGUAGGCCUGAGGAUGACCACCUUUGGCUAGUCUCUGAGCUGGCCACUUCAGGGCCAGAUGAACAGAGUCCUGAGCAUCUCAUCCUGAGAAUGAUUCUAAAGCCCAGAGACAAGUGUGGUUGUACCACACAGCCCCCAAAUGAAAGCCAAGCACUUCGUGGAAAACUAAAACAGCAGUCUGCUCCAAGGCCCUAAGUGUAGACAAUCCUCACUUAUAAGUGAGGAGUCACUUGUGCCACAUUCUUCAGACUGAGUGUCAACUGACGAGCUCCGGGGAUCUCAUGGAUGGAGCCUUCUGCUGAUAGGUAUUCCCAUCAAGAGUACCAUGGACAAUCCCACCACCACACAGUAUGCCAACCUCAUGCACAACUUCAUCUUGAAGGCACGGAGCACCGUGCGUGAAAUUGACCCCCAGAAUGACCUCACUUUCCUCCGAAUUCGCUCCAAGAAAAAUGAAAUAAUGGUUGCACCAGAUAAAGACUAUUUCCUGAUCGUGAUUCAGAAUCCAACUGAAUAAGCCACCUCUUGGCUCUGUUUGUCAUUCCUUAAUUUAAUGCCCCCCAAGAAUAAUAGCGUUAAUCAUGUCAGCCAACUGGCUCAGAGAUCACCUUAAGAGCCCUGCAAACCACUCUGGGACCAGAGUGGCCCAGCAGCUCCGCCCUCCCCACCAGAGGAUCCUGAGUCUUCCUGGCAGGGCGCCUUCCUUGCUGCCAGGUUGUGGAGCAGGAGCUGCUGAGAAGCCCACACCCAGCUUCCUUCUGACCUUCGGUUCACUUUGUUGCCCUUGGAAAAAGCUGUUUUUCUUUUAACUAAAAAUAACCAGAAUGCUUA